GGCCGCUUUGUGUGCUUCGCAGAUGCGGAGUAAACGGACGUUGGAGCAAACACACGCUCACACACGCACACGCAGAGGGGACCAUAACCCUGAUACAACUCUGGUGUCUUUUUUCCUCUGAGGAAACUAAACGAGACUUCUGACAACUUACUGCUCGCAGUUUUACUUCGUGUUUACGGAAAGUUGAAAGGAAUACUGCCUUGAACUUUUUGUACGCCUGGAAGCUGAAGGAGAAAGCAACGCUUCACUUAUAGUCACGAGGAAUAAAAGAUGGUAGAAGUCAAACUGGAAUCUCAGGUUUAGAUUCCUUCAACUGAGCUGAACUGACGGAACAGGAUGGCUUCAAACUCUAAACACCUGGCAUUACAUUUGCUUUGAUAACCUCCCACAAAUCUCAAGAAGCUUUAAAAAGAACUAAAAGCCUAGUUACUGAUUUGGAUCACAACUGAAAGACUCCCAUCAUGCCUAUUCUCAAGCAGUUAACAGGUAACUCCAACCAGUCGAAGAGGAGGUCAAGGGCUGACCUGACAGUUGAAAUGAUCAGCGCUCCUUUAGGGGACUUCCGUCACACCAUGCACGUUGGACGAGGCGGGGACGCCUUUGGAGACACUUCAUUUCUCAGCUCCCGAUCAGGGGAACCUCCAAGGGAGUCCCAAACAAAGGAGACCUCACCAGAUCCCAAACCAGGGCUUCUGUCCCGCACCUUCAGAAGCAGCAAGAGGUCCCAGUCUGUCAACAGAGUAGACAAGUAUGAGAACAUUACAACACUGCCUUCUGCUGCCACGUCUCUGCCUUACUUGAACGCUGAAAGUUCAAACAAAGGCAACCAAUUGCCAAAAAGUUCCUCCAGUCUUAUGAAGACGCUGGUGGAAAAUAAGCCGAUGAACGGAGGGGCAGCUAUGGCCACAGUGGACGCCGAGCUUGACGAACGAAACUUCGGCGAACUUAAAGACCUGCCUCCAUCCAUGCCAAAAGGUGGUGGGAUGAAAAAAGCAGAAUCUGUAAUGUCCUUCCACAUCGACUUGGGGCCUUCAAUGCUUGGGGAUAUCCUCAGCGUGAUGGAGAAGAAAAACUGGGAAGAGGACGACCUUGGCUUUGAGGAAGGCAAAGGUAGUGAGGAGCAUGCAUCACCAUCUCACAUUCCUCACAUCGACGAUGACGACGCAGAGGACUGGGCACCUUCAAGACCACCUCGUAGUAAUUACCAGCUCCAGCAGAAGGUCACGGCGGAUCCCUACGGUCCGGAGAUCAGCGAAUCAGAAAGGAACAACCACCACACGGAUAGCUGCUCUGUGUCCAGCUCUGGUUCUGAAAAACCUCAGUACAACCUCCAUGAUGGCGACACAAACAGUGUGAAGUACAGUUCGUCACACAGGGAUGAUGAUUUCGACUUCAUGGAUCAGGAGGAUGAUGAGAUUAGAGUCUAGAUUGAGCACAAGUCCGUGCCAUGCAGAAGAAACCGGAAUUUAGGAGACCACCAUAGGAGGGGAUUACAGCCAGAGUCGAGAAGGUUUUUACUCAUUGUAGAUCAGUCUAAUGUUAGAUCACUUUUAUCAACACUAUAAAUAAAACCUGUUAAGUCUCUUUUCACUUUAUAGCAAAGAGACUGAGAGCUAUUUUUUGAAAUGUUUGGAUUAGUUGAUGCUAUUUUUACCAGAUGUCAAUCCAGAGUACAUUAUUUUUCACAAGUUUUAAAUGAUAAAGGUGAAGAUAAAUCAGCAGGGAAAAUCACCCAUUUUCAAAGAAACUAAAAGGUGGCGUAAAGAUUAGAGAGCGGACUGUGUGGAUGUGUUGUCAGUUCCAGUGAAUGUGGAGGUAAAGAAGAAGAAAUGAAACUGAUAGGUUUGUAAUCCCAGCGGUUUGAAGGUGUAGACACUACAGAGACAGAGUUAUUACUUUUGCUCAUGUCUGAGUUUGCUUUUCUUAAAUCGUUUUUUUGUACAGAUACUAUAAGGGUGUCAGUUAACCAUAGCCUCUUAUGUCUGACGUGGGUCUAUUAUAUUUGCCUCUAUUCCUAAAUUGACUUGUCAGCUGUAAAAUAUUUUUUUAAUUGUUUUGUAAGGGAUUGAUUUGAGAAGCAAAUGUGAACUUCAGAGUCUUAAAGGUUUUGAUGUAUUUGGUUGGGGAACUAUUUUGUGGUACUAUACUGUGAUCAAUCUCAACGACGCUAAGUACUAAACUCAAGACACCGGACUUUGUAUGCUGCAUCACUUCUGAAAGCAAAAUGCCUUCUCGCACAUCAGUUGGACUCCGUCAACACAAGGAAGACACCUCAUCAAAUUUUGUGUACUCUCAUGAAACUGAUAGUCAAAAUCGUUGUGCAACUUGGGGCUUCUGUAAAUUUUAGAGGGUUUUCUGUAUGUAUUCUCUUUUCUUUUAAAUAUGCAGGAAUGGUGGAUUGUUUUUGAAGAUGCGUGAAUGUAUAAUUUGUCGUUAAAGGACAAGGGUACAUUGGCUCUCAAAAGCCUACAUCCCUUUUACAAUGCCAAGUUUUUGUAAUCUUGAUAGAUGAUCUCAAAACUUUUUCCACAUGCAAUGUGGCAUCUUUCCUCUGUAAAAAAAAAAAAAAAAAAUUAAAAAUUGCAAUAGCCAAUGGAUUGACAUGCUUUGAUUUAUAACUUCCAAAUUAUGGUUAAAAUGCGUGUAUGCCAUGACUAAAUGUAUGUAUUUAGUCGCAGCUUUGGUUCAAACCUCCUUACUGUUAAAGUGAAUCUGAUAAAGGUCAACCAAGUGCUGGUCAUGCUUUUACAUGUGACAACAUUAUCCCUUAUUUUCCUUAUGUCUGGAAGCCAGAGUAGAGUUUAAGCAAAUAAUUAUUUUCUUUUUUUUUUCUUUUUUUUUUUUUUUAAACCCAUCAACAACCUUCUGGGAAAACUUUUUAUGUUCUACUUGAACAAAGCUAAUUGUUCGCUCAGAUAUAUUUUCCUUAGAUGGAACUGUUUU